GAAGCACGCAAUUAAACAUGGACGAGCAAGUUCGGCAGCAGUUCGACUUACUGAGGCAGGAGUUCGCAGCCCGCAUGAGUCAGACCGUCGACGAGAUGAGGAGGCUCGAGAACGAGAAUCAGCGGCUUCAGCAACAAGUAGCCGGAGGCCUCGCGGCGAUUCCGCAGGCGAUCGAGCGCAUGGGCGAGCAGAUCCGAGGAGCUACGCACGCGGGAGGAGCCGCACCAGGUCUCGUCGACACGAAGGGGAUCGGCAAGCCCACGACGCUAGGCGACGAUCAGGAGAAGUUCGGAGCUUGGAACCGCAAGAUGGAGAACUACGUGAUAGGCGUGUACGGAGAGAGCUUCCGUCCUGUUCUCCGGUGGGCGGCAGAAGCCGAACGCCCCGUGACGAUCGAAGGGGCACAGGAGGCGCACGGAGGAGUACCAGAGCUGGUGACCAAGAUCAACCAGCUGUACGCGGCGCUGAUCAGCACGACGGCGGACGGCAGCGAGAGCAACGACCUCGUGACGGGCGCGCCAGACGGGAACGGUCUCGAGGCCUGGCGGAAACUUCACCGCAGGUGGGACCCGACGACAGGUCCGAGGAAGAGGCUGAUCCUGAGAUCGAUCAUCUCGCCUCCGAAGUGCAACGCGGAAGAGCUGGGGUCCGCCUUAGAGAAAUGGAUCCAGCAGAUAGGCAAGUACGAACGCCGCCAAGGAGAGGACGGACUGGCCGAGCUGCCGGAGGAUAUCAAGAUGGCGGCCCUCGAGAUGCUCGUGCCUCAGGACAUCGAGAACCACCUCGUACUCAACAAGCAUCGGCUCGUAACGUUCCAGGACAGUCUGAACGAGGUGAUGACGAUCGUGGAGGCUCGGACAGGCGUGAAGAUCAAGGAGCCAUCGAUCCGCGCACGGGCGCACCAUCCGGACGACAUGGACGUCGGAUCGUUCGGAGCCCCGAAAGGUGGUGGCCGCGGCGGCAAGGCCGGCGGCAAGGCUGCAGGCAGCCUGGAGGAGGAGCCUGAAGCGGAGGUCGCCGCCCUGGAUAUGGGCAGCUUGGAUUGCCUGGAGCUCGCCGGCGGCAGCGGCCGCGGCGUAGCAGCGGUCGACCUCUCUCCCUUCGCGCAGGACGACUGGACGAAGUUCAACUGGGACAGCGGUGCAGCGGUCUCAGCAUUCCCUCGGAGCUUCGCGCCGCCGACGGGAUUGAAGGGCAACGGCAGCACGUAUCGUACGGCCAGUGGUGAGCUUGUCCCGGACGAGGGCAGCUUGCAGCUCAAGGCGGAGGAUGAGUACGGAGUGCUACGAGCGCUCAAGGGACGCGUGACGAACGUGCACAAGCCGUUGAUCUCGGUGGGGCAGGCAGCAGGAGCUGGACAGUGUUCAUUCCUAGGCCGCAAUGGCGGCUGGAUAUUCCACGAGAAGAGCCCAAUCGGCAAGCGUGUAGUAGGCAUGCUGGAGAAGGAGGCGAAGACGGCGAAGCACCAGAUGCUGCCGGUCUAUCGUGAGCAGGGCGUUUACAACUUCUACCUCAAGAAGGGCCAACAUGGCUCGGUUGCUCCUCUCGAGGAGGGAUUUUCGGCGAAGUCGAAGUCCGAGCUGGUGGAGCUACUCAGCGGCAAGUCGAAGGAGGAGCUGCUGGAGAUCCUCGAGAGGACAGCACCUCAUGAGCCCUCUCAGAAGGAGAUCGCCGAGCACGAGGCGAUGGGACACGCGACUUACCGCAGCUGGUGUCGCGUGUGCAUUGCGGCAAAGGGCCAAGGCCAGCCGCAUCUCCGCGCACCGGAGGACGACGAGACGGCGGUGCCGGUGGUCUCGUCCGAUUACGCCUUCAUGGGCCAGGACGACGCGGACACCAUGCCGAUGCUGGUCCUUCGGGAUCGACGUUCGAAGAUGAUGGCAGCGACAUUCGUGGAGAAGAAGGGCGACGACGCCUACGCCAUCAAGUUCUUCGCACGCUUCUUACGGAUCCUGGGCUACAGGAAGAUCGUCAACAAGUCCGACGGCGAGCCAGCGAUCCUGCUGGUCAAGAGGCGUGCGGUGGAGGAGGUUCCUGGCCUCGAGGCCAUUCCCCAGGAGUCGGCACCGGCCGACCAUCAGGCCAAUGGGGAGAUCGAGGUCACGGUGCGCGAGAUCAAGAAGCAGGUGCGAGCGCUCAAGAUGGACCUGGAGUCCAAGCUGGGCGUCAAGGUGGAGGACAAGCACCCAGUGCUAGCGCACCUGCCGGAGCACGCCGCAUCGGUGAUCAACCGAUACAGGCGCGGCCAGGACGGCAAGACCGCUCUUCAGCGGCUCACGGGACGGCAGUGGAGGAAGCCGGUCCCGCUCUUCGGCGAGCGCCUGAUGGUGCGGUUCGCCGGGGAGCGCACGAGGAAGAACGCGCUGGAGGAACAGAUGGUGGAGGCCCGCUACAUUGGCCACCACCCGCGCGACGGCUCGAUGAUGGUCAUCACGAGCGACGGUGUGAAGAAGGCGGUCGGCUUUCGCAGCCUGCCGCAGAGCGAGAAGUGGAUCACGGCGGGCUGGGACAGCCUGAAGGGCCUGCCGUGGGACGUGGCUCCGCGUGCGGCCAGUGCGCCGCGAGCCAUCGUCGGACCGGGAGAGGCCGGUCCGCCACCGAUUGUGGUGGUGCCGCCGCAGCCGCAGGCGCCGAGGAGGAUGUACGUUCUCAAGGCGGACGUCGAGCGGCUGGGCGCAACGCCGGGAUGCCCAGGGUGCGUCUCGAUCGCCAAGCACGGCAAGGUGCUGGCUGGCCAUGCGCACAACGCGGUGUGCAGCAAGAGAAUCUUCGAAGCGCUGGACGCUGAGGAGGCAGGCCGGGAGAGGUCGCGGCUGAAGCGCUUGGCGGAGGUGGCCCCGGAUGACGUGCCGGAGGCCCUCGAGCGCGGUGAUCCACAGCCGGCAGACGUGCCGGUACCGGUGGACAUGGAGGACCUCGCGGCGCAGCCGGCGCCAGCGGAAGGACCUCAGCUGCCAGCUGGAGUGGCAGUCGUGUGGAACGCCAGCGAGGGGAGACACAUGCGGGUGCUCGCUCUCGACGUGGCGUCAAUCGAGCUGGUCGAGCUCGGAGUGCUGACGAGAGCGAAGGCGGAGUUGCUUCCGCUCGUUCGUGAACAGGUCAGCGGCCACUGGGCCAGUGUCGGCGUGGACAUCGCCGACGAGGAGGUGGACAGCAUCGCCUUAUCGGCGUUGCAGCUGGGCGCCGUGGACGUGGCAGAGGUGUACUCGCCGCAUCGGUUCUCGGCGCGAGCGGCGGAGUUCCAGCUGCGCCCGGGCUUCGCGGCGGACCUGGAGGAACUCAAGGAGGACGGGACGCCGUGGGACUUGCGGCGACCCGAGGACAUCAAGGAGCUCGAGGAGCUGCAGGAGCGGAUGGAUCCCAUCCUGCUUACGGGGUCCCCUCCAUGCGAGAAGUUCAGCUUGCUGAGGGGCCUGAGCGCCAAGUUCAGGACCGAUGAGCAGGAGGCGGCUGAGAUGGAGGAGGCCAGACACCACCUGAAGGUGGCAGUCGACGCCUACUGGCGUCAGCUCAGGAAACCAGGCAGGUACUUCCUGCAUGAGCAUCCCUGGAGCGCGCGAUCGUGGGAUGAGGACAUCGUCAAGGAGCUGGUCGCGCAUCCAGGAGUCUUCACGGUCAAAGGCCCCAUGUGUCGGUGGGGCAUGAAGCUCACGAACCCACGCAGUGGCCAGGAGGAGUUCGUGCGCAAGGAGACCGGGUGGGUCACCAACCACCCAGGCUUGGCUCGGAGACUGCAGGGCACUUGCAGCAAUGUGGACGGACGCGCGGAGUGGCAUCGCCACAUCACGCUCGUGGGCGGCAUCGCGCGGUUCGCGAAGGUCUAUCCACCGAAGUUGGUGGAGGCGGUGCUGGAGGAGCUCAAGGACACGCUGAACGACGUGGGGGAGCUCAGCACCGCCCAGGUGCAGCAGUCGGGCCCAGUCCCGGUGGACGCGGCGGUGCCGCCCGGGGACUGGACGAGCUACUGGGACGACGUCAACGGCGGCUACCUGGAGGCAGGCCUUGUGGCCCAGGCUCGCGCGGUCGAGCGCGAGUGGGUCAAGAAGCAGGAGCUGAUCGAGAUCGUCCCGAGGUCUCAGGCUUUCGCUGAGACUGGGCGUCCGCCCAUCCCACUCAAGUGGGUCGACACGAACAAGGGCGACGCGGAGAGGCCCAACUACAGGAGCAGGCUCGUCGUGAAGGAGAUCAAGGCGAAGAAGCGUCCGGACGAGCAGCUGGAGGCGUCCGAGGUCUUCUCGGCAAUGCCUCCUCUGGAGGCCAUGCGGUCGCUGGUCUCGCUGAUGGUCACGUGGACGCGGGAAGCACCGCUCCACAUUCAGGAGUCGCUUCGCAAGAAGGGCAGGAAGCCGGGCAACUUCAAGAUCGGCUUCUUCGACAUCAGCAGGGCGCACUUCUACGGGAAGGCGCAGCGAAGGAUCUUCGUGGAGCUGGAGGAGGAGAGUCGCAAGGAGUACGGCGAGGACAAGUGUGGCUUACUCCUCAAGUCCUGGUACGGCACGCAGGACGCCAGCAAGAUCUGGCAGGGCGACUACACGGAGCUGUUGGAGGAACACGGCUACAAGGCGGGCAUGUCAUGCCCAGCGGUCUUCUACAAGGAGGUGGACGAGACAAGGCUGCUGGGGCACGGCGACGACUUCGCGGUGCUGGCUCAGCAGCAGGACAUCGACAGCUUCGAAGCCACGUUGGGCAAGAAGUACGAGUUCAAGAAGACUGCGAACCUCGGCUUCGACGAGGGCGAUGACAAGCAGGCGGUCUUCCUGAAUCGGGUCAUCGAAGUCAGUGCGGGAGUUCCGCCUGGCGGUGGCCGUCCCUGCCGGCAUGCGAUGAUUGAGCCGGACAAGCGGCACGCAGAGAUCGUGAUCGACGAGCUGGGUCUCAGCAAGGCCAACGGCGUGGACACGCCGAUGGAGAAGCGCAGCGCCGACAAGCAGAUGAUGGACGCGAAGUCAGCGGCGCUGGGAGCGGCGGAAGCUUCGCGCUUCCGAUCCCUCACCAUGAGGGUAGCCUACCUGUCUCAGGACAGGCUGGACUUGGCAGAGGCAUCGAAGACGCUCGCCAGGUCUAUGCAGACGCCGACGGAGGCGAGUUGGCUCAUGCUCAAGAGGGUUGGCCGCUACCUCAAGCGGCAUCCCAGUACGGUGACGGUCUUCACGGAGCAGAAGAUGUUCGACAAGAUCCGGGUGUACGUGGACUCCGAUCAUGCGGGCUGUGCAGUCACUCGGAAAAGUACGGGAGGCUUCGUGGCGAUGCUGGGGCAUCACGUCAUCAAGCACGGCAGCAAUCUGCAGUCGACGGUCUCUCUGAGCAGUGGGGAGAGCGAGUACUACGCCCUGGUCAAGGGCGGGAGCGUGGGCCUGGGUCUACACAGCCUCUUCGCAGACUGGGGGCUGGACCUGAAGGUGGAGCUCGCCUCAGACUCAUCGGCGGCCCGGGGCCACGUCCAACGGCGAGGUCUCGGGAAGAUGCGACAUGUUCAGUCACGAUACCUGUGGAUCCAGGAGCGUGUAGGCAAGGGCGACCUUUCGAUCGCCGCAGUUCCUGGUAAGAACAACGUCGCGGACGUGCUGACUAAGAGCGUGGUGCGCGACUGCGGUGCCCUCGGGCUGGUGCUGAGCUGGUCGGCGCCCGCCGACUGGAUGCGCCUUCGCAGCGCCGCGCUCGAGUUCCGGGGCGCUCUGUGCGAGUGGCAGGUCCGCACGCUGGCCGCGGCAGCACCGCUACCGGCUGGCGGCUCGCUGCACGAAGUGGUGGGCCGGACCGCGCUGCUGCGAUUCGGCUGCGACGCGGACGCCGAGAAGGGCGCCGCCCAGCGGGAGGUUGCCGCGUGCGAGGCGGCCUUCGUGGCGCUGGCGCGCGGCGCGCCGGCGGACGAGGCCCAGCCAGGCACGGGCAUCACCGCCCUGAUGCGGGCCGCGGAGGAGAGCAGCCGCCGCCUGUGCGAGCUUCUGCUCUCGCGGGGCGCCAACCCCGACCGCGCCAGUGUCGGGGGUGGCACGGCACUAUCGCUGGCGCUGGGUCCCUUCUGCGGGCGGUGCCACGACGUCGCCCAGCGGCCCUGCCCAUGCAGCUGCCCGCGGCCUCAGGUUGCGCGGCUCCUCCUGAGCCGUACCUCCAAGGGGCUGCCCGAGGCUUUCAGCGCCACCGUACGGAUGGCCCUCCAG